AAUAUUUUUUUAGUUAUUUAAAAAUUAAAUAAAUUUACAGUUAAAUAAUAUCAACGUUUCAUUAAAAUAAUUGUCCAAAAGCAACAACAACAACGAUAAUAAAAUGUCACGACGACAACCACAUACAACUGACGAUUUCUUUUCCACACAUAUACAAGGUCAUGAAAAUAAUGAUCUUAUUUCUGGUCUUCGAAAUCAAGUUAGUGAGCUAAAAUCGUUAUCAUUAGAUAUUGGUGAAGAAAUCAAAGAACAUAAUCGAUUUCUAAAAGAUAUGGAUAAUGAUUUUGAUUCAACAUGGGGAACAUUAACAAAUUCGAUGAAUCGUUUGAAAAAAAUUGCCAGUUCCGGUAAUCAUCGUUAUAUUUGGUAUCUACUUUUAUUUUCUCUAUUUGUUUUCUUUGUCAUUUGGUUGAUUAUAAGAUUUUAGAUGAUUUCCAUGAUGAUCGAUCAUUGUUGUUUUAGAAAUUUGUAUUUAUAUUUUUUUUAAAUUGCUUUUUUUUAAUUGAUCA